GCCAACGGGCCGGAUUAUAAGCUAGUAUGGAUAAUAGUUGAAGAUAGACUCAAUAACCCUCGACAAACAUAGAUAAACGAAGUAACAAAACAAAAUAAUAUAAAACUCUCGAGAUAUCUCGACGUACAUAUUUAUUCGAAAUACUUUCUACUUGGUUGUAAUAAGAAAAUGGAUUUGGGUUUGGAUUAUAUCUAAAUUCCUAGAGAAUGAAAUUUCCUCAUUCAAUAAAUGAUCAAUGAUUGGAGGUUAGAGAGUUAUCCAAAUCAAGUACCGUAUGCAAUGUUGGGAAGAGAUCGUAUUGCUGAUUGUGGCGGAGACAUACACAGAGAGACAAGUGACAACAGACUUCCAGACUCCAGUUGGUACAGCAAAUGCGACUCCCCAAACACACAUUCUUCUCACAUAAUCAGUUCAGUCCUGCAUUAUAAAACUCCCCUGGCUGGUUGCGGUUCUGUGGCCAGAAAUGCCCGAACGUUCAUCAAAGAGUUUUGGUUGAUCAAGGUAGGGCAAGCAGGGGAUGGAGAAAACAGAGCACGAACAUGCUUCAUGCUCUCUGUUUUUUUGGAAGCUAUCUGCCUGCCUACGGUUCAUGUUCCUUAUAAUUGGCAAGUAUUAGGCUGGACUUUUGUCGCAAAGAUAUAGAGACUGAUCUCUCUCUCUGAGAUUUGUGGGCAUUUCAGUAGUUUUCCCCUGGUGGUUUUGCUAAUGGAAGCAGUCUAACGUCGAUGUUAACAGAGCAGUGAGGGAGGUGUUGGUUCGUAAUCAGAUACCCAAAAUUUUCUUCAGUCUUCGUUGGGAAUUUUUGUCAGGGCGCGGAGGUGGGACCUGGGCAGAGGAAAAGAUGUGGCGAGAUCUCAUGCACGAACAUGAUUUGUGAUCUUAAUAAUGCCCCUGCCAUGCCAUUCUGUUACUAAUUCGACGGAAUGAGAAAUGUAGAGAUUUGACAAUAGGUGGGUUGGAUUGCGACGUUGGAGGAGUUGGAAGGAUAAGGAAUGCGUUAUAAUUCGUGUGUUUAAGUACUUAAUAAAAAUAGGUAAACCGGUUAUGGGGGAUUUGUAAAUUUGAAAAUUCAUGGAUUUUUAUUUUUGUGUUUUGUGUUUGGGACGGUGAACGUAAGUUUGGUGGACCUCUUCUCUCAAGAAGUAGUAUUAGAUUAUGGUUUCAAAGUCUGGAUUCAGGAUGGUGGACGUAAGUUUGGUGGAUACCGAUCUCAACAAGCGGUAUCGAAGUUCGGUUUCAAAGUGGCGGACCCUCGAUUUGUGGUCUUGGGAUUUGAGAUACGCAUCUGUUUGUCGAAUCAAUAGACAUUCGUGUUUGUUUGGUUGAUCAAAGGAUAUAUGCCUAAGUGUUGGCGUAAUACACAAAGUUCGUGGUUCUUGUGUCAGAAAGAAAGAUGUGGCGAGAUCUCAUGCAUGAAGAUGAUAUGUGAUCUGAAUGCCCCCACCAUGACAUUUUGUUACUUACUCACUGUUCGUUGGAAUGAGAAAUGUCUAAGUAAACGGAUUGUAAUAAUGUAUAGAUUUGACAUUGGGUGGAAUUGUCAUGUUGGGGGAGUUGGAAGGAAUUUGUAAAGGUUUGUGUGUUAGUUAUUUUAAGUUUAAGUGGGUAAAAGGGUUAUUAGGGAUUUUGUUAAUUUGAAAAAUUAUGUUGUUCUUGAUUUGGAAUUGCUAAUUGCUUUCUAUCAACUGUUUUCUUUUUAACUAGUUUUUCUUCUUUUUUCUUCUUUAUUGGAAAAUCCGACGGAAUGUUAUCUUAUUUUCGUUCAAUCAUUUUUAUUCACCAGUUGGCCAUUACACUAGAGCGCUGACGAGACGAAUGAACUUUUUGAAUGGGAAGAAGGGCGAAAGAAUUGCAUUAUUACAUCGGCAUAUAACUUCAAUUUGUUUUAUACUUCACGUUUCUACCGAGACUUGUUUAGUAGGAAGAAUGAUUUUAAAUGUUGAUCGAAUUCACCUCUCAAACGUCACACUUACAUAGUAUUAGUUGUAUAUUUAUAAUCUACCAAACAAACCCGAUUUUCCACUCACUUUAUCAACACGGCUAUCGGCAAAUAAUUGGAACUCUAGGGCCUGUUUACUUUCAUUUCCGUUUCCUGUUUUUGAGAAAACAAAUGUUGAAAACAGAUGAAAACAACAUUUUGUCGUUUCCGAAAACAGCAGGAAGUUGCCACUUUCUGUUUUCAUAGUUGGAAACGAAUAGAAAACAGAAUGAAAAGUAAACAAGUUUUCUCAUUUCGGUUGCCAAAUUUAUCACAUGAAAAUAGAAAACAGAAAACGAAAAUGGAAGUAAACAGGGCCUAUGAUUUUGUUCUUUUGCCCAAUCCCAUACAUGCUUAAAGAAAAGUAGAUCAUCCAUUUUUUCUUACAUGCACUAGAGGAAAAUCAUGUCACGAACUAUUCAGUGAGAUUAUAAGAAAGUGACGUGAUUGACUCUUAUUUGUUUGAUCACCUGAUCAUCAACCAAAGUAUACCCAAUCUUGAACCAACUAGCACAAGAAGAAAAUCUCCCGUAAGAUACAUGAAUGUAUUCGGAUGUCACAUUACACCUCUCUACUUCUACAACGAAAUAAACAUUAAGUGUCUCUGUCCAGGGUAACAAACAUGUUACAGCUUCGAUUAUCUGAUCGCCAUGUUCUGGAAUGUCUCUUCAUUGCCCUACCUCUCCCUCUACAUUAUAUUCAUUCACCAGUGCCAAAGACUGCAACUUGAGGAACCACACCAUACUUUCAAUCCCUCCUCCUUCCCCAUUCUGCCCACUCAGUCUUCAACCAGAGCUUCUCCGCCAUACAUCUCCAAACAUUCCCCUGUUACAUGCUCUGCAGUACACCUCUGUUUUUUUCUUUUUGGCCUGGACCAGAGAAUCACCAUAUCCACCCAUUAAACAAAAUCCAACAUGGAAAGACCCACAACGAUGAGAGCAAUCCCAGGACGGCGGGGAGGAGUAGAAUCCACCCCAUCUCCUUACUUCCCCUUCUCCCAGAAACUUCCACCGGCAGUCCACGACGCUUCUUUCUCCUCCUACCUCCAGCCAGGCAGCAACCCAAUCGACGAUUCCGCCGAGAUCAGCAUUUUCGACGCCACCAAGUACUUUAACAGCGAGGCUGAGAAUCCCAAACUCAGUAUUAACAGAGUAUCCCCUGUUGUUGCUAAUGGUAAUAGCAAUAACUCCGGUGUCGUCGUUUCCGAGCCGCCCCGAUUUUCGUCCGCUUCCUCGUCGGUGGAUGGGUAUGGAUACGCCAACCGGAACUACCGUACCGGAUCGUUCCACGCCACGCCGACGGCUUCGUCGGAGGCCAGCUGGAACAGCCAGACCGGGCUGCUGUCGAACCCGCCGGGGGCCUUGGCUGUGUCGGUGAGGCACCCCCAAGGUUCCGUCGCCGAUGAUCAGAAGAAGAGAGGGUCGGCGAAGAAAUGGAUUCUUGGACGGAGGUGCCCUUGCUCCGGCAAGAAGUCUGUUCAGGUAGAGGAGAAGAUGUCGGAACCCAGAACUCCGAUGUCCCAUUUAGCUCCGAAUAACAGGGUAACGGUGAGUGCGAUGGUGAAGAGGCAGGGGAGUAACAGUAAUGAUCACAGCAAUAAUAACAUCCCGAAAAUCCCUAAUUCGUUCCCGGGUCGGGUCGAGAAGAGCGAUUGCAGCUCCGCCCCGAGUUCAAUUGAUUGGAUGGAGCGACGGGAGAUUGAAAUCCCUAAUUCUGUACGGAGGAUCUCGGCGGAGACUACCAGGUUCGGUAGCCACCACCGCGUUGUCCUGCCGCCGAAUUCCACCGAAGGGAAUUCGAUAGGCGGCGGAGGGGGAUUCACUUUCCCGAUUCUGAGCCAAUCUGCUGCGGCGGCGGCCCCGCCGGUUAAAUUGGUGCUGAAGCCGAAGCUGUCGAUCCUCGAGGACCCGCCGCGGGAGUCUCUGGAAGUGUUCCGCCCGGCGGAGGAGGUGAUUGUCGGCGGCGGCAAUUCAGCGGUGAAGCUGGGGCCGGAGCCGCCGAAGCGGCAGAGCUUCACUUUCCCGGCGAGCCCCAGGUCGCGAAUGACGGCGGCGGCGACGGACGACGACUUGGCGAGCGACGCGAGCUCGGACCUCUUCGAGAUCGAGAGCUUCUCCACGCAGACAACGUCGUACCAGCUCGGGAGCAACCGCCGUGACUCGAUGGAGGACGCGUCGACGUUCAACGCGCGGAGAUUGAGCGGAAUCGGCGGGGGAGGAGGAGGGGGCGCGUAUAGGGAGCGCGUGGAAGAGGAAGAGGAGGAGGAGGAAGAGGUGGCGGCGACGGAGUGUUACGAGCCGAGCGAGGCGAGCAUCGCGUGGAGCGUGGUGACGGCGGAAGGGUUCGACAGGGCGAGCGUGACGAAUUACUCCGUGACGGCGUCGGAGGCGGACGAGGUCAGGUUCAUGAUGAUGAGGCAGGUGGAGGCGGCGAGGAACGGCGGCGGUGGAGGAGGAGGAGGAGGGAAGAAGAGGGGUGGGUUGUUGAGCUGUCGGUGCGAGAAGGCGGUGAGCGUGGGGCCGCAACCGAUGAGGACUGGUGGAGGAGGAGAGGGACAGCGGGGUGUUAAUAUGGCGGCGGGGCAUGUGAACGGCCGGGCGGCGGCGAUGAAUAGUAGCCAUAAGAAGCCACCACUUGCGAAGUCUCAUUCUGCUCGAUUGUCUCUGCCCUUUGCAGCAUAAAAGCAAACAGGUUCUUACCUUGUAGUGAUGAUCAUUUAGCUGCAAUUUGAUUUAGUAUAUCACGUAACGUUGUACGGCCACAAUCAUCGAGCAAAGAGUGUUAUCACUGUUAUGUGUUCAUUUCAUUUUCAAUUCUCGUGUUUGCUUUGUUUUAUUAUAAAUUUUUUUUUUUUGGCAUGGGGUUUGGAUUUGGAUUGUUACCGUUAAUUUGUUGCGAUGGGUGAUCAGGGGAGUUUUUCAAUUGAGUUGGUUGGAUUGGUUGAUUGGGUUACUUGUUUGUUAUAGAUCGGUUUGAUUUGUUGGGUGGUGGGUAUAUAAAUAUGAUUUGAUCGUAUGCCAUGAAUUUCAACGUGUCACUUUCAAAUUAUGAAGAGACUCAAAGUUGUCUAAUCAGGAGGAGGAGGCAUUCUACACAGUGAGAGACGGUCAUAAAUUAGAAAUGGUGGAAUGUGGCAAAGUUGAGCCCACUAAAGGAGGCUAAAGUUAGCUUAUCGAUUCGUGGAGCGAGAACGUCAAAGCGUUAAUUUGUAAGGAAUUCAAUAUUAAGAACGUGAACAAAGCUUUAAUAUUACA